AUGAGUGAGCAAGGAUAUGUGGACAAGCCUAUUAACUUAAAAUAUACCACCAUGGUUUUAACGCUUUGUGGUGCGAAUGGAGUAGGAAAGUCCUAUUUUGCGCACAAAAUAAAAUCGUAUUUGGAGAAUUAUGAGAAUAUAGAUGUUUUUAUCUUCAAGGAAAAUGAAUUUAAUUUUGUUUUGCACGAAGUUAAAGAGUUGCUGAGACAUUUGUUGGUAGAUGGUGAUAGAUCUAGAACCACUUUGAUAAUUUUGGAUAUGAGUCUCACUUGUAGACGGGAAAGAUAUGAGGUGACUGCCAUAUCGAACUUUUACUAUGCUCACAACACACAGGUAUUUUUCCAACCUGAUUUAAAACGCCUUUUUGAUCGAAACAUGUUUAAUGACAAAUUCAACUACGAUCAUUUUGCUUUGAAUAUAAACGAGAGUGCAAUUCCAACUUCUUUAUGGUCUUACGAAAAAAUUCAUGUUGUUCCUCCAAAUUUCGACAUGCAUGAGGAAUGCAGGCUACUGGAUAUUUGUUUAAGGAAUUUAAAAUUCGUUCCCUUGGAAAGAAUAACCGAUUUGCAUAUCAGUGGGUACAUAAAUCGUUCAAACCUUAUGUACUCAAAUUUUUCAGAGGAAGUUUUGUUUAAAAUGGAUGCCAUAUUCCCGAAAAGAUAUAUAAAUAAUUAUGCUUUACCUGUCCCUGAUAUAAGAAACUACGUUUAUUUUGUAGAAAAAUAUUACCAAACUGCUUUGGGUUAUGGCCCUCCCCCAAAAUUUAACCCUAUACCACAACCCUUUACACACGAUUUUGUAUGUGGAACUGCACCAUUUUUACCCCAAAAUCAGUCAAAUAAUUUACCAGAAAAAUAUGAGCAACCAGGACCAAAUUUACCAAAAAACAAUAAUCAGGAUAAACUAAAUGGGAAACCAGAACCAAAUUCACCAUUAAACAAUAAUCAAGAUCCCCCAGAAAAGUUUCAUUACAACAAUAUUACAUUCAAUUCUGACAUAAAAUACACUUUCAAUAUCCCACUUCGCCUGGGAACCACUUUUGCACACGAAACAAUUUGCGAGAUGCCAAAAGAACCAGCUUUAGCACCACAACCAAAACCAGCAAGUCCACAAAUGGCAUCAGAACAUUUUCCAGAAUUUAAAAAUCAAGGAAAAAAUGGGGGAAAUGCUAAACCAAAGCCACCCAAACCUGGCAAAAGGCAAAUAAAAAAUAAAAAUCGCAGGGUAAUUGCUAGAAUGGGUUUGUCCUAG